AUGACCACCGCUCCUUCGACUGCCAUCAGCAGCGCUCUGCUUACCACACUCCUUUUCUCUGUCGGAGCCUCAGCUCUGCCCAACCUAGGAUUGGAUGCCGCUAUCAUCGCUCAAAUGUUUGAAUGGAACUGGAACUCGAUCAAAGCUGAAUGUGUAGCGUUCCUCGGUCCAGCUGGAUACGGCUACGUACAGACGAGUCCUCCCAACGCCCACAUCGUCGGUAAACAGUGGUGGACGGCCUAUCAACCCACCUCAUACGAUCUUGUCUCCAACCGUGGAACGCGAGAAGAGUUCAUCGACAUGGUAAACACCUGCAAGACCGCAGGCGUUCAAGUUAUCGCCGACGCCGUGGUCAACCACAUGUCCGGAGCUUCCGCCGGAACGAGCACUCUGGGAACUAAUUUCACACACUACGACUACCCGGGAACCUACUCGGCAAACGACUUUCACUACUGUGGAUUGACACCAGAUAACAAUAUCGCCGACUACACAAACCGCGAUCAAGUACAAAAGUGCCAGCUUGUCGGUCUCGCAGACCUUGCGACAGAUACGGAUUACGUCCAAGGGCGCCUCGCCGAUUACCUCAAGGACCUGCUCUCUACUGGCGUCACAGGUCUCAGGAUUGACGCAGCAAAGCAUAUUGCCUCCUCCGACAUCACCAAUAUCUUGUCUCGAGUUGGGCCUGUUCCCUAUAUCACUCAAGAGGUGAUCUAUGGCGACAAUGAACCUAUCCAACCUAGCGAAUAUGUCGCCAACGGGGCUGUCCAAGAGUUCCGUUACACUAAUACCUUAAAAUGGGCAUUCACUGAAGGUGGCAUUGACACCCUUCAAGACUUUGGGAAUCGAGGCUGGCUGGACUCCAAGAGUGCCAACGUCUUUGUUGCAAAUCAUGAUACAGAAAGGGAUUCAUCGCUCAAUUACAAGUCUGCAAUGAACACAUACUAUCUUGCUACGAUCUUCUCUCUUGCUCACCCAUAUGGCGCAAAUCCUACCGUUCUGUCGUCCUACUUCUUUGAGGCUAGGGAUGACGGUGCACCAAACAACUGGCAGGGCGCUUGCCAAGGAAUCAGUGGAGACAAGGGAUGGUUAUGCCAACAUCGCUGGCCUGGAAUCUCUGGACUCGUCGGCUUUAGAAAUACUGUCGGCGACUCUGAAAUUACCAAUUGGCAAACAGGUACCCAUCAACAAAUCGCAUUUGGGCGCGGAAAUCUUGGGUUUGUGGCCAUCAACAACGAGAGUGCCCAAUGGUCCGCAGAAUUCACGACGAGUCUUCCCGACGGUAGCUACUGCAAUGUCAACGGCGGUGCUCCUAGAGAUGGCUGUAUGGGAUCCCCUAUCACCAUCUCCGGUGGCAAGUUCACGGCUAACAUUACUCCACGUACGGCCCUCGCUGUGCACGUGGGUGCAAUGGCUCCUGCAGGCCUUGCACAGAGCUUUGCAGUCAACUCGGUGCCAGAGGAUCCCCUUGCUCUCGCCAUGCGCAAUGCCGGUCUCACGUCUCUCAAGACGAAGCGUCAUGCUAAUGGCAUCAGGUCAUUGAAGGAGGCAGGCAAACGUCGUCUCUCAAUCGUCUGA